CUUUUUCAAUCUUCAAAGAGACCCUUCGCUUCAUUCUCAGCUCCUCUCGUAAGAAUCACCAACUCGAGAUGCGUAAGCGCCGUUUUGUCUCCCGUAAUUUCAGUACCAAAUCCUCUCAAAUCAAUGAUGCUGGUUCUAUUGAUCAAACCCUUAUGCAAUCCAUGGAGCAAAAGAUCAAAGAACAAUUGAAUGCAGAGUCGGUUACUGUAACGGAUAUGUCUGGAGAUGGACGUCAUGUCUGCAUCAAUGUUGUAUCAUCGGCUUUUGAGGGACAAUCUGCAGUGAACAGACAACGGAUGGUCUACAAAGCCAUUUGGGAAGAGCUUCAGAACGUUGUUCAUGCCGUUGAUCAAAUGACAACAAAGACUCCUUCUGAAGUUUGAAGCGUUAAAUUUUCCAAACGCUAAAAGUCUUCAAUAUCUUAUAUUAUUUGAUUAGCUGACAUUGCUGUUUGUUUUAUCAAAAAGAAGAAAAGAACUGAUAUACAGCUUUUCUUUCUUUGUUUUGUGGUUAUUUUUAAGUACUUGAUUGGUUCUCUUGCGACCCGCCAACACAUGUUAUCUGUUGGAGCGUUUGCGGUUACACGUGGUUGGCGUUUUAAAUCGCUCUAAAUGAAUAAGAACAAAAUUA